GGCGGAGCUAGGCGGCUGGUGCAGAGCGACAGCGCCUAUCUUUGCACCCGCCGCUGUCGCCCGGGCAGUGAGAGGCCAGCAGGGUUGCGCGCUGCGCAGCUCGGUCCCCCUGGAAGGCUCCCUGUCUCCUGCGUCCCAAUCGGGGAGGAAGAGAGGCCUCUCAGCACAUUUCAGAGGCAGUACAUUGCCAGGACAUUGGCUACUUAUUUGGACAAACAUUUCUCCAAGGAGGACGAAGCACUCUGUGCCCAUGUUACCACCUGUGAAGGACUGACUGACCCACCAGCUUGUGCCACUUCUUGCUCCCGCCAUGGGACCUUCGGGGAGCGUGCUGAGCAGCGGACAGAUGCAGGUGGUCCUGUGGGGCAGUUUGGCGGCUCUCGUCACUUUCUUCCUCAUCAGCUUCCUCGUCUUUCUGUGCUCCAGUUGUGACAGAGAAAAGAAGCCGAGACAGCACAGCGGGGACCACGAGAACCUGAUGAACGUGCCUUCUGACAAGGAGAUGUUCAGCCGCUCAAUAACUAGCCUGGCCACAGAUGCACCUGCCAGCAGUGAACAGAACGGAAUACUCACCAAUGGGGACAUUCUUUCAGAAGACAGUACUCUGACCUGCAUGCAACAUUAUGAGGAAGUCCAGACCUCAGCUUCAGAUCUGCUGGACUCCCAGGACAGCUCGGGGAAGCCAAAAUGUCAUCAGAGCCGGGAACUGCCCAGAAUUCCUCCUGACAGCGCUGUGGACAUGAUGCUCAACGCGAGAGCCGUGGAUGGGGACCAGGGCCUGGGAACGGAAGGGCCGUACGAAGUACUCAAGGAUAGUUCCUCCCAGGAAAAUAUGGUGGAGGACUGCUUGUAUGAAACUGUGAAAGAAAUUAAGGAGGUGGCGGCAGCUGUGAACCCAGGGAAAGGCCAUGGCAGCAGGUCAAAGUCAACUUCCGCUUUGAAAGAGCUUCCGGGGCCUCAAGCCCCCCAAGCAGACUUUGCUGAGUAUGCCUCGGUGGACAGAAACAAAAAAUGUCGACAGAGUGUUAAUGCAGAGACUGUUCUUGGAAAUUCAUGCGAUCUGGAAGAGGAAGCCCCACCACCUGUCCCCGUUAAACUUCUGGAUGAGAAUGAAAACCUUCAGGAGAAGAGAGAGAGCAAGACAGGAGACGAAGGAGCCAUAGAGGGGACCAGUGAAACCAACAAGAGAUUUAGUUCAUUGUCGUACAAGUCCCGGGAAGAGGACCCGACUCUCACAGAAGAAGAGAUCUCAGCCAUGUAUUCAUCAGUAAAUAAACCUGGGCAGUCAGGGAAUAAAUCGGGACAGUCUCUUAAAGCUCCAGAGUCCACCUACACCUCCAUCCAAAGCGCCGCUCAGAGAUCCCCCUCUUCCUGUAACGAUCUCUACGCGACUGUUAAAGACUUCGAGAAAACUCCAAACAGCGGUAGCAUGCUUCCAGCAGCAGUGAGACCCAGUGAGGAACCCGAGCCCGAUUAUGAAGCAAUACAGGCUCUAAACAGAGAGGAAGAAAAGGCCACCCCAGAGACCAAUGGCCACCACGGCCUUCUCCCGAAGGAAAAUGACUAUGAGAGCAUUGGGGACUUGCAGCAGUGCAGAGACAUCACCAGGCUCUAGCAGCCCCGAAGACAACCCCAGAUGUCGUGUCCUCAGCCGCCUGGAGGGCUCAGCCGCCUGGGGGGCACUCCUGCGGGAAACAAGAAGCUCUGUCAACCCACACUCUGUAUGCUGCUCCGGUAACCUGAAGAUGAUUGAAAACGUGGAGACUGUUUAGCAGGGUCGGAAACAGUGAGGUACGUACCGAGUGCACCCGAGUGCGUCCCUGCCUGCAGGGGGCACUCGCACGCCCAAGCACAUCUCCUUCAUGCACCCCCGCCCUCUGGAAAGGUCCCAGCUGUCGGUGGUUUCAUCCUAUUCGUGAGGAAAGCCAAGAUGUAAGGAAGAACUGCGUUCAAGAACCACGACCCCACCUGCCUAAAAUACUGCCAUUCAGAAGAGCCAGGUUUUUCUUCCUUUUUUUUUUUUUUUUUUUUUUUCCUAUCUGCCCCUAAUAUUUCUUCCCCGUGAAAUCUUCCGAUUUCUAAUGGUUCAUUCCGAGAAAAUUCUCCCCCGAGGCUUGGCCCUUGCCUUCCACUUAGGGAUUUUAAGAUGGUAAGAAACUGUGGUUGCUGGUUCCUGUCAGCUCACAGGCCUCUUCCAAGAGCCGCACCUGGAAAAACGACCACUGCAGGUGGAUAGGACCGGGGCUGCCUCUUAGGUUUAGGUCUUCAUUCCUUCUGAUUUAGGCACUCCACAUCGGCAGCCUCUCCCAAAGUACUUGAAGUCGUUUUUAGAUGCUUUAUUUUAUUUUUCUAGUCAAAGCGUGCCCCCCCAGUAUUUGAAACUCUUCAGAGCCUUUUCAGUAUUUUCAAUAAACAUUGUGGUACUUCUAUACUUGUUUUAGCCCAGAGCUCAUUUCUCUGAAACAGAGAGCCUUAAUCUCCAUGUUGGGACACACCACAUAUUUGGACGGCAGCCAUGGCAUCCGUCUCUGAAGGGCUGCGGACUUGAAUGUGUAUUUCUGAUGCUCUCUGCUGCCACACUAACAGUGUGAGAUUUCAUAAGUUAACUGCUACCCUAAGGUAAUCUAUCUAAAAUUAAAAUGUAAACAUUUAUUUUUGUUAUAUAAAUUUAUAAGAUGUUUUAUGUUUAACGCCUAAUUUCUAGAAAGUGCCAGAAAAAAAUGUAUAUUAACUAUUUUGAUUUUGUGUACAAUGAUUUAUACUCUCAUUUUGAAAAGACACCAUAAAGCACAUAAGCUAGGUAACUACACGUAGCUGUUUUUUCUAAUCAAGUGUUUAAAAUACCGAAGGUUUUUUCAAGACUUAACUUUUCAAAUGGUACUUGGAGCUCCUGGUCAAAGUCAUCUGGCUCACUAGAGAAAUCAGCAGAAUAAACACAAAGGAUCAUUUUCAGUGAGUUCAGUGGGCAAUACUGAAAUAUUUGAAAUGGUCAAAAAAAAAUGGAAAGAACGAAAUAUGACUAGGGAUGUCUGCAUUAUUAACCUCAUGAAGGUAUUUAUAAUUCCACUAAGAUUCAGUUACGUGUUUAAGAAAACAGUGAUGGGUUCUGCAAGCCAGUGCUUGCAAAUGCAAAUUGCCUAUUGGGGUUUUUUUCCCCUUCAUUUUACAAAAAUCAGUGGCUGAAAUAACUCUGAUUAAGAGCUCAGCCUGGUUUGAAUUUAAUCAUCUCUUUAGACUUUAUAAGGCCAACAUUGGGAAACUUGUUCACUUUUCAUUUUAAAAGGAACCUGCUAUUAUACCGUGUGGCUACAGAAAGGGACCUUUUCCUACACUGACAAAGGGGGAAAAAAGAGGCAGUUAUUCAAUGCUGCUGCGACAUGUCUGGCUUUUCAGGUUGAAUACUCUUGCUGUUUUCACUCAUUAUGACAAAGGAUGCAGUUGGGAGGAUGGAGCAUCUUGCAAAUGGUAGGGACCAGCUCACAGGCGUGUUUUUUUUCCCAUCCCUUGUAUUCAUGGCUUGAUUUUUGACUGCUCUGUGAUACAUUUCUGAAAAUUGUGAAGUGAGCUUUGUUGGGGUAAACUGGUCGGUUGUCAUUAUGUUUCGGUCAUCCUGGUCUUUCCCAUGAAGACCUCUCGAGCCUAAGCACAAUCAUCAUUGACUAGAAGAUAAGGGCAGAAAUACCCUUGGAUUGGGGGGGAAAGUUCAUCAGGAAGGUGCCACAAGUGGGCCUUGUUCUCUGAAUUCGUAUCUUUCAUGAGCACCGUUUUGCCUGGUGAUUUUCAUUGCUUACUUGGUAUUAAUGAGUUUGACCCAACAAUCUCUACAUCCUGGGGUUCCUUUAGCACUUGGGGACGGCCUUGUCACAUCGCAUACCUAGUAUUGUGCAUGCUGCAGUGAUGUCCUUUAUGAGCGCUUGACCACUCCAAAGUUUUACUGUAUUUCAUAAUGUCUUUACUUAUUGCCAGGGAGGUGAGAAUGACCUCUCAAGUGUAAAAUCAUUUCCAGAGAGGAAAGUUCUUUAUAAAUAGUCAUAUCAUCUUGAAAUUUCAUUAUCAGAAUUUCCCCCAGAAGUUCUGAAAUAAAGGCUAAAUUAUGGCAAUAUAGCCAUAAAAUAUGCACUGAACUCUCUCUUGAUUUGAGAAUCUGUGCUAAGAAUAAGUUGUGAUUUAAAGUAUUGUAAGUAUAUUUUAAAAGAAACUAGAAGGGCCUCCGGCAUAAAUGCUAAAAGAAGUAAUAGCACAAUCCAUGAGGGGUGGGGGGCAGGGAGAAGCGGAGUAAACUCUGGGAGCAGGCUUGCUGUUUAGACCAUUGGGUACCUUACUGAACUACAGUAUUGAUGUAUCCUCAUGGUUUUGACCUUAAAGUACAGUAUUUCAUAAAUUUUGUCACUUUUACUUUAUUCAUUGAAAAUCUGUGCUAGUGUUUGAGUUGGACAAAAGCCUAUGGCUUCUUUAAAAAAGUUUCAUGUUCAGCUAAAUGUUACAGUUUAAAUCUGUGAAAGGUAGUCAUGGAAAGUUUUUACAGUAUUUUUAAAAUUGAACUUUGACAUCCAUAUUAUGCAUUGUUAUAACUUAUGUUAUGUGAAAUUCCACAAAUAAACUAAGUUUUAGGAAGUGUUUUUUGUCCUGUAAGUCAGAAUUGUAAACUCGUCUUGCCUAAAGGCAGGAUCUUUGUUUUUAGUCAGAUAUUUUGAAAGUUUAGAAGAAUUUUUAUGCUGUUUUUACUAUUUCUCAAAUGCAGUCAGCAGGAAAGUAUGACCUAUUUUACGUGAAAUGUUUAAGGAAAUUUUAAAUUCUAGAAGAAAGUAAUUUUUGCAAAUAUGUGGCCCACAUUUUCUUUCCUGUCCACUAAAUUAUGUCAUUAGGUUUAUUAAAGCUUUUGAAGGUACUGCUGUCUUUUGUGGAAGAAGGCUAAUUACUGAUGUAUCUGCCCUCAAAAUCCAAGAGUUAAUUCUGAUUAAGUGCUAACAAGAGGUAGCCACCACAAAGAACUAAAAUUUAACCUCAGGCUGUCACUAUAUCUAUUUCUCGUAUUUGACUUCCGUUUUCUUAGAGCAUUUAUUUACUUUAACCAGUAACACACUGUGUGUAUACAUGUACAUAUACUAUACAUACAUACCUAUACAUAUUUACACACACACACACACACACACACACACACAGAUAUAAAGAUGUCUUUGGAAUGUCUCCCCUACUAGUGUGAUGACUAUUGUCAUAAAAGCAAAAUAGAAAAAAGCUACCCAAUAGUUUUCACUCAGUAAUUGCAAGAAAGCCUUCCUAGGUUACCCUCAUACCAUUUUUCUUAUUAAUAAAUUCAGGUUUUAAAUUGUGUCCAUAA